AUGUUGGCCAGAUGGUAUGAUCAACUAGCUGGAGUAGUAAGACAAACGAGGCCUGUUACAUUUUCACGCAGAUCCUUGCCACUAUGGAUGAUCGCCCUCAUUGUGUUUGGAGUGUUGACAAUCCUGGGAAUCACUAUUGGUCUCCUUGUUCAUUUUCUGGUAGUAGAAAGCAGGAUCUACUAUUAUAGCGGUAGUUUUAAGGUGCUGAAUAUUACAUAUAAUAAAAAUUAUGAAAAGGAGACAUCACCAGAAAACAACCAUCUUAGUAAAAUUCUUGAAACAAAGAUGUCUGAUGCAUUUGAAGCUUCUAACAUUUAUAGGCAAUAUAUUAAUUCUCAAGUCAUCAAACUGGUUCCUGAAAACAAUAAUGUUAUUGCACAUAUAUGGCUGAUGUUCAAGGCUCCAAGAGCAAUGAAAAGAAACACAAAAUCAAAAAUCGAAAACAUCUUAUAUCAGAUGCUGAGAAAAAACUCUGACUUCAUUACAACAGAUCCUAAAUCUCUUACGCUCAUGGAAAUCAGUAAGGUUGCUGCUGAAAAAAUUAUCAACACCCUUUGUGGGAGACGAGCAAGGACGUCAGCUACAUAUGAUAAAGUCAAGGGAGGCUCCUCUGCACAGGAAGGAGAAUGGCCAUGGCAAGCAAGUCUGAAGAAAAAUGGCAAGCACUACUGUGGGGCGUCUUUGAUCAGCGAAAGAUACCUUGUGACAGCAGCUCACUGUUUUAAAAUGACAAAAAAUCCAAAAAAUUAUACAGUCAGCUUUGGCACUAGAGUAAGUCCCCCCUACAUGCUACAUUAUGUUCAAGAAAUUAUUAUCCAUGAAAACUAUUUCUAUGGUAAACAUCGUAAUGAUAUUGCAAUUAUAAAGCUCACUGAGAAGGUUUCAUUUAAAAAUGAUGUACAUCGAGUUUGUCUUCCUGAAGCCACACAGAUAUUUCCACCAGGGGAUGGAGUUGUUGUUACAGGAUGGGGAGCACUUUCUUAUAAUGGUGAAUACCCAGUGUUGCUACAAAAAGCACCGCUUGGAAUUAUUGCUACAAAUAUUUGUAAUGCUAAAGAAGCAUAUAAUGGACUGGUAGAAGAUGAAAUGCUAUGUGCUGGGUACCUAGAAGGAAAUAUUGAUGCCUGUCAAGGUGAUUCCGGAGGACCACUUGUUCAUCCCAAUAAUCGAAAUAUCUGGUACCUUGCUGGAAUAGUGAGCUGGGGGUUAGAAUGUGGUAAACCCAAUAAGCCAGGUGUAUAUAUGCGAGUGACUUCUUAUAGAAGCUGGAUUGCCUCCAAGACAGGUAUAUAA